AUGUCUCCCACAAUCGCAACGGUCUCGUACAAGAAAAAGGAUGGCACGCUCGCUGUUGCCGAAGACAAGCGCAAUACCUGGUGGACACCGGCAGAUCCGCCUUCAUCGGCUCCCGCAGUGACGAUUAAUGUCACUGACAUCACGAAUCUCCAGCAAACGCCCAAAACCUCGAAAGCGAUCGCACUGAAAAUCCUCGUCAAGGAGAACAGCUAUGUCUUCACGUUCAACCAUAAGGACAACGCACGAGAAGAGCAGCAGACAGUGACGGAUGUGUUGAGCGGCGCAAUAGCAGCGAACAAGGCGAAAGAUGCGAGCAAACUUGUCCCGCAGGCAGCAAGUGCCUCUGGUGCGGCAACGCCCACACCUAACCCUGGCGAAAAUGGCGGACAGAGUGCCGCCAUGGCAAUAGCGAAAGCUGUGUCCUCAAAGGGUGUUGACGAUGCGUGGUAUGAUGACGCCAAGCUCAAGUCCGACUUCAAUCUACAGCGGUCACUGCUCGAGUCCAAUAAAGCGCUGAGCGAACGCUUCAAUCAAGCUUUAAAAGAUAAACCUGAGAGCGUAUCGGUAUCACAAUUCACAUCUCAGUUCUGGUCGGCGCGAAUACAUCUGCUACGCGCACAUGCUAUAGACAAGGCUCAAAAGCAAGGAGAGUACAAUGUCUUACCGGAAAUCAAGUUUGUGCGAGAGCCCGCGAAGAAGGAGGGCGAACCUGAUACGAAAAAGCUUCAGCUAUCUAAGGAGCAGAUACAUAUGAUCUUCAAGCAGUAUCCCGUGGUGAAGCAAGCGUACGAUGACACAGUUCCGAAGCCGCUCAGUCCCGGCGAAUUCUGGACCAAGUUCUUCAACAGCAGAUUACUCAAGAAACUCAAGGGAGAGAGGAUCACACAGCAUGAUCCAACGGAUCGGGUGCUGGACAAGUAUCUCGACCGGGAGGCGACUGGGCCUGCUAGCAUAGCACAUAUCCCGCACUGGAUGGAUCUGGAGGGUAAUGAGCAGAAUCACAGUCAGCGAAAGGGAAACCGACCUGACGAGGAUAUGCGACCGAGCUCAUAUGAUAAAGUGCCCAUCUUACGAGUGCUCAAUAACUUGUCCGAAAAAAUGAUGGCGCAUGUAGCACCACAAGAUGGAGAGGCACAUGCGCCGAUUGGUCUGGACGAGGAGACAUUCGAGCAGCUUCGGCUUCAGGAUCUUGCCAACGAAGAGUCCGACAAUAGAGUCCGACUCAAUGUCAAAGAGCAGCAACGCUACGUCGGAGGCGACAAGGACGCUCUUUCUGCAGACGCCCAGCUGUAUGCCAAGCAAGACCCCCGGAAAGUGCUGUCUAUGCUUAACUCUGGCCUGCAGCCAUCAAAUCUCGGCAGCGAUGAGCAAGGCACACUACGCCUCGAUCAAGUAAUAGGAUACAACAGCGACGAUUCCGAGUCUGAUGAAGACUUGACGUCGCAAGAAGCCAAUGGCGCGCCUCCUAAGAAGAAGCGGAAACACAAAUUUGCAUCUCACGGCGCCAUGACCGCCGCAUCGAAAGACAUCAUGUCAUCAAUCAAGAAUCGACGGAACGCCACUUCAUCAGACACGAAUACCCUGAAUGGUCUCUCCGAGUCUACGUACGAAAACCUCGCAAUGACACACAACACCACCACCGAGUUUUUGCAUUACUUCUGGUCACUCUUUCUCUCAGGUGACGCAUCUCGAACUGCAGAGCUCGCACAACUGGUAUCGACUCUUGAUCGGUCAUUAGAUCGGAUCAACGCUGUAGGUGAGCAGGCGGAAGCCGAGCGGCAAAGGCGGAUAGACGCGCUCAAACAGAAGUUGGAGGAAAGAAUCAAGAAUGGUGCCAAACGGCGCAACGUCGACUUCGAGAAACAGGUGCCCGGAGGAAAGAAGGCUGUGGACGCGAUGAUCAAGCCGACAGUACAGGCUUUGCAGCAGGCGAGUAAUGCGUAUAGGAAAGCAUUG